GAGAGACUCAUGUGAAACCUGUGGGUGCCCGGCUUUGCUGACGGCACAGACCUGACCUCACAAGCGCCUAUAAAGGCGCGCGUAAAAGCGGCGCUUCACAAGAGCGCGUGAAGAGCGAAGAGAGGACUAUUGUUUUUGUUACAAGGGAAAUGUAUUAUUUAAGAAGAAUAAGUUUGGUAAGACUUCAGUGCGGCUCCGGCGGACUUUAGACUCCCGGACACCUGCUGCUUGGGUGCUUGUUUUGCUUGGACAUGAUUAACGGGACAGUGCUGGACUUAAACGGGAGCGCGCUGGCCCUGAGCCACAACCACAGCACCUUCCCCGCGCUGAGACUAGAAGCGCGCUCUCUGGUCACCUCCGCGUCCAUGUUCGCGGUGGGGGUCCUGGGGAACGUGAUCGCGGUGGUGGUGCUGUGCGUGUCCAAACGCGAGCAGAAGGAGAGCACCUUCUACACGCUCGUGUGCGGCAUGGCGGUCACGGACCUGCUGGGCACGUGCUUCACGAGCCCUGUGGUGAUCGCCACGUACGCGUGCGGCCGGUGGCCUGGAGGUGUGCCACUCUGCCACUUCUUCUCUUUCUCCAUGUUGUUCUUCGGCUGCGCUGGCACCUGCAUCCUGUGCGCUAUGGCCGUGGAGCGCUACCUUGCCAUAAACCACGCAUACUUCUACUCCCAGCACGUGGACCGCUCCGUGGCGCGCACAGUGCUUCUCGUGACCUACCUAACCACACUCGCACUGUGCGUCCUGCCCAGCUUUGGCUUCGGCCGCCACGUGCGCCACUUCCCGGGCACCUGGUGCUUCUUGGACUGGCGCGCAACGGACGCUCUGGGAGCGUGCUUCUCGUUCCUGUACGGCAGCGUGAUGCUGCUGCUCGUGGCCAUCACCGUACUCUGUAACGUGGCCGUUUGCCGCUCGCUCGUGGGAAUGAACAAGAGGACCAGCAUAGUGCGCGCGGAGCUGUGUGAGCAGCAGAGCCGGCGCCGCUUCCCGCGCCUUCAGUCCGUGAGCUCGGCCGCAGAGAUGCAAAUGCUGUGGCUGCUCGUCUUCAUGACCGCGGUGUUCCUGGUGUGCUCCGUGCCGCUCGUGGUGCGCAUCUUUGUGAACCAGCUGACUGGCCCUGCCCACCUGUCUGAGGGAGCCCCUCCCCCACUGAGUGACCUGUUGGCCAUCCGCUUUGCCUCUUUUAACCCCAUCCUGGACCCCUGGGUAUACAUCCUGUGCAGAAAGAACCUGCUGCUAAAGGGCUGUGCCCGCCUGAAGGGGGCGCUACUGGGGGCCAAAGCACGGGGUGUGGGGAGGCCCCGGGGCUGGGAGGGGGGCCAGAACUCCCCUCGCUCCAUCCACAGUAACGACACCAGCUAUGCCUCCAUCCGCACACCCAGCUUCAGGCAGCACCCCUUCAGUGACCUGACGGGCCGCCAGCCCUGGGACUUCCACCCCUUCAGUGUCCCGGCGGCGGCACUAGGGCCAGAGGAAGUGGAGGGGCCUAAAUAUGAGCUGCAGCAGAAGAAGAGCUGCAGCCAGACGCCUCUGUUAGUGACCAGUGUGAUCGGAGGAGACGUGGUCACAUGCACCUUCAGCUCCCCCAGCCCCAGCUCCUCCCUCAAGUGUUUGUGAAGUCGCUACACAACCAGCACCUCCCUCAAGUGUCUGUGAGGAGGUCACUACACAACCAGCACCUCCCUCAAGUGUCUGUGAGGAGGUCACUACACAACCAGCCCAUCCCUCAAGUGUCUGUGAGGAGGUCACUACACAACCAGCCCCUCGCUCAAGUGUUUGUGAAGUCACAUCGCAACCAGCCCCUCCCUCAAGUGUCUGUGAGGAUGUCACUACACAACCAGCCCCUCCCUCAAGUGUCUGUGAGGAGGUCACUACACAACCAGCCCCUCCCUCAAGUGUCUGUGAGGAUGUCACUACACAACCAGCCCCUCCCUCAAGUGUCUGUGAGGAGGUCACUACACAACCAGCCCAUUCCUCAAGUUUCUGUGAGGAUGUCACUACACAACCAGCCCCUCCCUCAAGUGUCUGUGAGGAUGUCACUACACAACCAGCCCCUCCCUCAAGUGUCUGUGAGGAGGUCACUACACAACCAGCCCCUCCCUCAAGUGUCUGUGAGGAGGUCACUACACAACCAGCCCCUCCCUCAAGUGUCUGUGAGGAGGUCACUACACAAGCAACCUCUCUUUCACACAUCUGUGAGGUCACUUCCUGUUUAUGCCCUGUUGUUUGUCCUGUUUACAUGUGCCGCACUAACACUUUACAUAAAGCUCUGAGGCUGUUGUCUGCUCUGUGGCUGAGGUCCUGAUGGAGGAUGCGAGGACACACUCACACACAGUGUGCUGUGUAAUGAAGCGAUGACUCUGGGAGCGACUCAAAACAAAGUACUUUUUUUGAAACCAAUGUGUUUAUUUUCUUGAAGACCAAAAGUUGUUUUGCACAAACGUCACAUACCUCUCAUGGUGUGGUCUUGUGACGGCCUCUCUGAUCACUGCUGUCCAAAUGCAUGAUGGGAACAAUGCACCUGUGAGUAAUUUCUAGUGAGAAAUGUAUGUCUGUACCCUAUGGAUACUGUAUUACACUGUCAAACAUGCUCUUGUGUUCAUGAGAAUGCUGCUAAUGUGUGUGUCUGUUUCAUGCAGUUCAGAAUGUAGGCCUCUCAUUGUGAUUCUGUAAUAGUUAUACAAAGUGAAUGUUUUAAGAGCCAUUGUAAAAGCCAGUGAACAUA